CGGCUGGUCAUCGCAGAGAAGGGGCUGCCCUGCGAGGAGCGGGAUGUCAGCAUGCCCCUGAUGGAGCACAAGGAGCCUUGGUUCAUGCGGCUCAACCUGGGGGAGGAGGUGCCUGUCAUCAUCCACAGGGACAACAUCAUCAGUGAUUACAACCAGAUCAUCGACUACAUGGAGAAGAACUUCACAGGAGAAAAUGUCACCCAGCUGAUCCCCGAGCCGGGCAGCCUGCUGCACUCGCGGGUGCUGCAGUACCGGGAGCUGCUGGACUCACUCCCCAUGGACGCCUACACGCACGGCUGCAUCCUGCACCCCGAGCUCACCACCGACUCCAUGAUCCCAAAGUACGCGACCGCUGAGAUCCGCAGACAUUUAGCUAAUGCCAGCACGGACCUGAUGAAGCUGGACCACGAGGAAGAGCCACAGCUAUCAGAGCCCUACCUCUCCAAGCAGAAGAAGCUGAUGGCCAAGAUCCUGGAGCACGACAACGUGAACUACUUGAAGAAGAUUCUUGGUGAACUGGCGAUGGUGUUGGACCAGAUUGAGGCCGAGCUGGAGAAGAGGAAACUGGAGUACCAAGGGCAGAAGUGUGAACUUUGGCUCUGCGGAUGUGUCUUUACUUUGGCCGAUGUCUUGUUAGGAGCUACCCUGCACCGCCUCAAGUUUCUGGGACUCUCUAAGAAAUACUGGGAAGAUGGCAGCAGACCUAACCUACAGUCCUUCUUCGACAGGAUACAAAAACGCUUCGCCUUCAGGAAAGUUUUGGGAGAUAUACAUACCACGCUCCUCUCCGCGGUGGUGCCCAAUGCCUUCAGGCUGGUCAAGCGGAAACCUCCCUCCUUCUUCGGAGCCUCCUUCCUGAUGGGAUCUCUGGGAGGAAUGGGAUAUUUUGCUUAUUGGUACUUAAAGAAAAAAUACAUCUAGUGCUGGCUGCUUGGUGUUUAGUUUGGUGUCUCUGUGAUGUGUGAAAUUAUGAUGAAGCCUCAGUAACUGUAAUGAAAUUUGAAGCAAGGUAAUGAAUAAUUAUAUUGUUUAAUGUAACAUUCCAUAGUCUAGAAGUAGAAACGUAUACUGCAAGGAAAUAAGACAACAACAACAA